CUAUGUUGGUAAACUUGAUUUUGUUUUAUGAUAUUUACCAUAUUGUAAGAGUUCUUUUCCGUAGGAAGCCAUUUUACGGUGCUCUUUUAAUAUAAAAAUGGAAAACGAUAACGGAGUACUUGUUGACUUAUACAUCCCAAGAAAGUGUUCAUCAAGUAAUCGUAUUAUACAUGCUAAAGAUCAUGCAUCUAUUCAAUUAAGUAUUGCUGAUGUUGAUCCUGAAACUGGACGCAUGAGUGAUUCACAAAAAAUGUAUGCAAUUUGUGGAGCUAUACGCCGAAUGGGUGAAUCUGAUGAUUGUUUGGUAAGACUUGCAAAAAAUGAUGGUAUAUUACCAAAAAAUUUUUAAUAUAUAAUUCUUUUAUUCUUUCAAUAAAAAUAUAAAAAUUUAAA